AUGCCACCCACCGAGGGCUCAAAGACGACAUCCAUGACCGGCUCCUCUGAUAAAGUCUUCCCUGCCGCACCACUCAUCUGCCAGAAGUCGCCUUCAAUGAAAUUGCCGCUAGCAUGUACCCACCUCAGCCAUUGCAGUCCAGUCCAGCGAGCGACAUAUUUGCACCAAACCCUGCCGAUAGGUUCUUAUUCUGGUCCCGUCCGCUCCCGCAAAGUCGACCCACUCAGGCUGUACCCUGGGCCGUAUCCUAAACCACCAACGUUGCAGGACCAACAUCCAGAGACUACUCAAGCUCGAGCCGAUGAAGAAGACGAAGACGAAGACGAUGCAGAGCCCAGAGGCACGGACGGAGAGCCAUCCGGGGAAGAACCGGGGCAAGACAUCGAGCCAGCCGGCAACGGCGAAGACAAUCGAGGUCACAUCCCAAAACCGCAGGGGGAAAACGGACGUCCAGGGAGAGGAGGUUAUAGCUCCUAUAUCAAGCAGGAGUGCGACCUAAAGUUGAAUGUCAAGAAGACGAUAACUGGUCAGAAUCCCGCACUCGUACAAGAGGUGGUGGAAGAGGUUCGUGCACGCCAUCCAUCGUUGGAUGACUACGAGGAUCAUUGGCCGGUCCACGACGUCAUCAAGGCGCACUUGAAAUAUACGUCCAGCCGUGCCAGGAAGCAGAAGGUGUGA